AUGCAGGAAUUGAUGCUGAACUUGACCACAUUGGAAAUGAAUUGCCCAAAACUGGACGCACAUUUGGUCAUCAAAAUAUUGGUGACAACGGAUUCCCAAAACCUGGACGUCGAGAAGACAUUUCCCGCUCUCUUUACAUGCAAUGGUUAUGAUUCGCAAGUUUUUAAAUGGGAAUAUGAUAUCGUUGUAAAUGGCCAAGUUGAACAAUUACCAAUUGACAAAAUGACCGUGUAUUUGUCUUUCCUAAAUGGUGACAUGUCUGAGAUAAACACAGGCACAGUGACAAGUGGCCGAUGCGCGGGUGAUGUGCUAUUUGUAUUCAAAGUUUAUGUGACCGAUGAUCAGGAAGGGUGCGCCAAUGGUAAAGGGGUGGACAGUCUAACCGCCUGCUAUUACUUCGUUCAUUUAACAGGACCUAAAUGUGGUACAAAUACGUGUACACUUGAAUCAGCCCGGUUUCCAAUUGACCCACCUUUCUUAUAUAUACUAUUGAUGUUUUUAAUUAUGAUAAAUGCAGUGCCAAUUGACCAGCAUUUAAAUCAACCGGUAUUUAAUGGCACAAAAUGGGUGGUAUUGGUUGCCGGAGCUGAUGGUUGGCCAAACUAUGCAAGCCAGUCAAGUGUAUACCAUGCAUAUCAAUUUUUUCACGCCAAUGGUAUACCUAAUGAAAACAUUAUUGUAUUUCACCCUAAUGAUAUCGCUCACAACAUGGCUAAUCCAACCCCUGGUAUUGUCAUUGAUCAUCCAAACGGUACAGAUGUAUACCAUGGUGUUCCCUUGGAUUAUACUGGUUUUUAUGAUAGAGCCAUGAUGUUUAAAUCUGUGUUGAAUGGAAGCAGUGAUUUGAUAAACGAGGGUAGAAAAGUGCUAAAUAGUGGUCCUAAUGAUCAUGUGUUUAUUUAUUUCAUUGGCCACGGUGGUCCAGAUUUAAUCUUAUUCCAAGAAGGUGAUGACUACUUGUAUGGUGAUGAUUUGAUCAAGUUGCUUAAACUGAUGCACCAAAACAAACGCUACAAAAAACUAGUGUUUUAUUUGGAGUCAUGCGAUUCUGGAUCAAUGUUCAAAGACCAAUUGCCCGCCGAUAUUAACGUAUACGCUAUCACAUCAUCAAUGUGGAAUCAAAAUAGUGCCAUGAUGUAUUAUGAUAAACGUUAUAAAACAAUGAUAGGUAGUUUUUUCGCUCACUACUGGUUAUUAAAUAGCGAGCAGGCUGCUUUAAACAACGAGACCCUGCAACAACAGUUUGAUUAUAUAUACAAAUGGACAAACACACCUGGUCAGGUAGACGCUGAAAAUUUUACCCAACAGGCACAGCAAUAUGGCGAUGUGUCCAUUGCAAAGUUACCCGUGUCAGAUUUUACAGAGAUGUGCCAAUAUACUGAAGAGUUGGAGAGUUUAUUGAAAGGCAGACAAUCUGUUGACAAACAUAUAACUGAUUACGUGAAUAGUAUUCAACACUUACUGACAGUCGAUAGCAAUGCUAUUCUAAACACUAAACAAGAGCUCAAUAAUAGACAGUGUUAUCGACACCUUAAUCCAUACGUUUUGGGAAAACUGUAUAUAUUUGUGAAUAUAUGCGAAGAAAUGCGUGAAUCGAGUGAUGCGGACAUCAAUGCUGUCAACCAAUUGCUGAUACAAUACUGUCAACAAAAUGUUGAAAACUCACAGACUAUUCAAUAA